GAAGGAUCUAAACUUAAUAUGGAAGGCGGAGAACAACACCCAUCAGAAAACUUGAUCAGAGUCAGUCUGAAGAGAAACUGGACUUUUUACACCUUCUUAGCUAAGAAGCUGCUUCAUGAUCAUGAAGUCGUUGAGCUUCAUGCUCUUGAUACUGCAAUCGCUAACGCUGUUGAGGCAGCGGAGUGUUUAAUCCAUAAUGGCUACGCUACUCUUGAGAAGAUGCAUACUGACUCUGUAGAAAUGAAGAGAAACCACGGAGGUACUAUCGCCAAAGCAAAGAUCUUCAUUCAUCUUAAAAGGACUAAGGACUUCCAAGCUAUCUAUGAUUCAUAUGAGAAGGAAAGAAAUGAAAGACUCCAGAGCCAAGGAAUCGAACAAGAAGCCUAAUUCUGGUAAAUGGUAGAACUAAACCAUUCAGCAAUUUUGAUAUCUUC